GGUCAAGAGCAACAGAGAGAAACUUCCCAUCCACACACAUCUCUGGUCUCCAGACCUGCAAAGCUGGGAAUGGGCAGGUGGGUGGACAUUGCUCUGGGCUUUCCCCUCGGUAGGAAGCCCUUUUUCUGAGCUUUGGUUCUCAAAGCAAGCUAUGUGGGCUCACCUGUGAUGUUCCAUAAAAAUGAAGAUUCCCUGUGUCUCCUCCAACUCACCCAGUCCCACUGUGGGGAUGACAGAUGAGUUGGCAAACCUCCUAGGAAUUUUCUAAACUCACUGGAACUUAAGAAUAUCAUGCUCUUUGUGGGAGUGGGGACACUGAGGAGUGGGUCAGUUAGUGAGGUCAUCUUACCAGCCCCUGUAUAAGACAAGAGACCUUGAGAGUCUCAGAGAUCCCUUUUCCCCUGAGCCAAUCUCGAGGAUCCCUAUCACCCACUCUGACUUCUUUUGUCUUAGGAAUGACUUCAACUCCCCACGGCCCCAUCCCCGAUUAGCAGAAGAGGAAGAAGACCUAGAGGUGAGAGUGACAAGGUCCCCCCAUAUGAGGAGUUGGUAGGCAAGGGGCAGAGUCUUUGAGGCCCACCUUUCCUAAAUCCCCACCAACCCUUAUCCUUGACAGUUCUGGGACCUUAGUACCAGACUGGUGUGGCAGCUCACACACCCCCACCCCCAUCACCCACCCACACUGUCUCCUGCCCCAGGCAGGUCUUUGGUGCCAGGAAGGACCUUGCAGGCAGGGACACCCAGCUUUGCCUCCUUAGAUUUUAGUUGAAAUCUUUCAGAUGGAGGAAGAAUUGCUAGAGCAAGAGCCUCGGCCCAGAGCAAAUGUGGAUUCGCACCUGGACUCAGUCCCAGAUCUGGAAGACAACUCAGAUGUAGACAUCCCAGAGAGGGGGCCUGAAGCUAAGUCACACAAUGACCCCUAUUGGGAGAUGAGCUCUCUGGAGUUUGGCUGCGAACACACCGAGCAGCAAUAUUACACAGUAGAGACCCUCCAUCCCUACACAGAGGAGAUACCAAGGACCUUCUCGGGAUGGUCGAUAGGCUCCAACUCCAGCCUCCAGAGUGUCUCAGGGAAAGAACUGACAUGCCCUGAGCAUCGCUCCAUCCGUGUACAGACUUCCAAGCACCUCUUCUGGGCAAAUAAGCUCAUCCAAGCAUCAGAGCACAGCCUGCAACAGGCAAUAAAUAGGCAGUCCAAAGAAAGAGACACAGAGAAGACCCCCAGCCACCCAAAGCAGGAGUCCAACCCCAAGAACACACUGUGCCCUGAGAAUAUGCUCCAGAUCUCCAGGGCCCUGACAUUUCGCCAAGUCACAACCUCCCAGCCAAUAUCAAGCCCUUGUCUGUCAACCUCCAGCCUCCCGCCACCCAUCGGCCUGGAAGAGCUGAUCAAUUUCGCAUCUUCCUUGGCCGUAGCCUCCAACGACAUGGAGUUGCCCAGUUUAGAACAAAUGAUCAAAGCUCCAUCCCGGAAGUCUGCGGCACCUUCUAAAGAGCCUGUGAAACCUUGUACAGAGCCUGUGCAGCCUCAGAAUCCACCCAAAGCCAAGGAGCCAGAGAAAGUUCCAGAACAGGAAAAACAGAGCUUCCCUUCUUACCUAGACUUCAAACCUGGGAUCAAGAGAGCCACCAUUGAGGGGGAAGUGAAGUUCCUUCCCACACAGGACACCCCCGCCACGCUGCAGGAAUGCAAGGAAGACUCGGUGCCGGGAACCAAGAAAGGGAAUCCGUUAUUCCUGAAAAUCCAUUUUAAGCUGUCAUCCCCUUCCACCCCAGAGAAAUGACUAGACAAAACCAGUAAAACCUCCAGUGCUGAUCCCUCGCUCAGACUUUUUGUGCAAAUGCUCCUGGACCAAUGAACUCGUGGCUGCCAUAGCCGAGUCUCAAUUUUUUAGGGAUGACACCCCCAUAUUUUUAGUUGUCCCCAGCCCCACCAACUCCCUGAGGGCUCUGUCACCCUGUUCCUGGCCAUCCAUCUCACCCUGCUCACUCCCCAGGGAUAGUUCCACUUCA